CUCUGCAAGUGUAAAAUGCCGCCGCGAUCUUUAUUAUUCAUUUAGGACAAAUAUACUAUAUAAUGAUUUGGAUGCCGCUUUAAUUAAUUGAUUUAGGAUAUGGCAUUGUUGACGGAGCAACCUAGGCAGCGGCACAAACCUAACUCCUAUUUUUAUAUUUUUUUCAAUUUAGCUGCUGGAUUAGGCUAAAGUAUAUUGGAUAUAUAUAACAUUCAUGCAAGCUUGGUAAUGGUGGGUGUGGCUCAACGUUUUUUCUUUAUUGUUAUAGAGAAGGUCUCUUGAUCCAGGCCAGUUACAAGUAUAUACCAAAAGUUGUUGGUAAUAAUGGAUGGUAAAGAAAAGAUGAAAGAGAAACUGGAGAAUUAUUCUCCAACAGCAAUAGCAUUGCUGAUAGGAGAAUUGACAGCAAUGGCAGGAGCAGCUAUAAAAAAUGCACUAUCUCGUGAAGCAUGUCCAUCUACUACUGCACUGUUAGAUGACAUCAUGGAGGAGCUAAGAUAUGGCCACAACGACACCAUUGGGGUGUUGGGACCCGAUUUGCGUCUAAAUGCGAAUCUUGUAGAAAAAGUUGCAAGAAGGGUGGAAAAUGAAGGGUUGUUUGACGCAGUUGUCGCGACAACUGUAUCAAACAAGCCCAAUUAUGGAAAGAUUCAAGACGAAAUUGCAAGAUCCCUGGGAUUGAGAUUUGAUGGUGAGAAUAGCGGUACCGGUGUGGCUAAAAAAGGCAUAAGAUGGCUUCCUAAGGUAUUUGGUUCAAGAAAUAAUAAGUUGAAUAAUGAUGAGAUUGAAAGUAGAGCAAGAAGAUUACGUCCGAGGAUGUUGGCAGAGGAGAAGAUUCUUGUGAUAUUGCGUGAUGUUUGCAGCAAUGGUGUUGAUUUGGAGAAAGUAGGAAUACCUUAUGGAAUAUAUCACACAGGAUGCAAGUUGUUGCUUACUUCUGCUAGUGAGGAUGUGCUAUCCAACCACAUGAGUGCUCAGAGGAUUUUCACGCUCUAAGGUAGAGUUUGUUUUGAGGCAGACUAAGGGUGUGUUUGUUUGAAGUUAAAAUGGGAAGAAAAAAAAUGGGAGGGAAAAAAAAUGGAAAUAAAAUAAUUAUUUUUUUGUUUAGUUGAAUGAAAAAAUUAAGGGGAAAGAAUGAAUAGUGUAAAAAAACUAAAUAGAAAUAUAGGAGACUGAAA